GCGCAUUGUCGGCGCCAAACCUACGAAUCGGGUGCCAUAAUGGCGGGAAAUUUUAGCCCGAAUUUUCGCGAAAUAACUGCACGUGUUUAUUUAUGUUUGUAACUUUUGGAAUAUUUAAAAGAUCGUUCAGAGACGUAUUGAGAAAGAUGCCUUUGAAUGUGGAAAUCAAAGCAACAAUUCGAGAUUACGAUCAGUUCCGAUCCCUUGCCGAAAACGUUAGCGGGCAGAAAGGUUUAUAUUUUAAAUCAUUGCAGUUUAAUGAUAAUUUUGUGUUUAUAUAUAUAUAUAUAUAUGUUAGUUGUGUAAUUGUACACUCUGUAAUAUGUUAAGAUGAAAAUGUUCUAGAGUGUGUAUUAUAUAAUUUCCAUACCCAGCGGCAGCGCAAGCAGAAAGAUGUUGUCUGCCGCGGCUGGGUCUCGGACCCGCGACCUUCGAAUUACUAGAUCGACGCUCUACCUACUGAGCUACACGUGCACGGUCAGACGGAUUUAAGACUGGAAAUUAUGAAAUAUAUACUGAAUGUCAUAAACAUACUCGUUUAUAUUAAUAUUUGAAUUAUUAUAUAUACUGAAUGUCAUUAACAUACUCGUUUAUAUUUUGUAAAAAUUAUAAUUUAAUAAAAUGCCUGGAUUACAAAUCUUCAAAUCUAUUAAAUAUAUAUAUAUAUAUAUAUAUAUAUAUAUACAUAUAUAUAUAUAUAACCAUAUAUAUAUAUAUAUAAUAACCAAUAACCUUAAUAACCAGUAAUAUAUAUAUGUAAUGUAUAUAUAAUAACCCAUAUAUGUCAAUAUAUAUAAUAUAUAUAUAUAUAACAACAACAAUAUGUAUAAUAAUAUAUAUCUCAUCUCUCAUAUAUAUAUAUAUAUAACAACUAUCAUAAUAAUAAUAAUAACUAUAUAUAUAUAUACUUCUUUCUAUAUAUUAAUAGAUUUGAAGAGAUUUUGUAAAUGGGCAUUUCUAAUAUUAUAAUAUAAUUUUACAAAUUAUGAUAAUUCUCAGGAAUAUAUACCCAUACAAUAUAUGUAUAUAUGUAUAUAUAUAUAUAUAUAUACAAUAAUAUAUAUAUAUAUAUAAUAUAUAUAUAUAUAUAUAUAUAUAUAUAUAUAUAUAUAUAUAUAUAUAUAUAUAUUUAAUAGAUUUGAAGAUUUAUAAUCCAGGCAUUUUAUUAAAUUAUAAUUUUUACAAAAUUAUACAGUGUUCUCCGGAUUGUAAUAAUAGAUUUGAAGAUUUGUAAUCCAGGCAUUUUAUUAAAUUAUAAUUUUUACAAAAUUAUACAGUGUUCUCCGGAUUGUAAUAAUUUGUUUUUAUUUAUAUAUAUAUAUAUAUAUAGUUUUUCAUUUUACCUCAAAAAACCACAACAGUCUGUUUCAUCUGUAUAGGAAUCAUCAGACCACCUAUGAUUCCUAUACGGAUGAAACAGACUGUUGUGGUUUUUUGAGGUAAAACGAAAAACUAUAUUAUGCUCUAUCUAUAUGGUAUUGAGCACUGCCUUUACGGCAUGAAACUCGGAGUAGCAACAAAAAUAUUUUAAGUAUUAAUAUAUAUAUAUAUAUAUAUAUUUUACUUGUCAAGGGGAGAAUUAAUGGUCAUACUUCAUUACUAGAACUCUAUCUAACAACUAAUACCAGACAAUAUAUUACUUUUCAAAAGAAAAUGCACUUUUCAAAAUAGUCGAGUUGGGGGGGGGGGGGGAUGUUCAAAUUUAGUUUUGCCAGCAUACUACAUGUUAUAAUCACCGAUCCAAUAGUUGUAAUGUGAUUAUUGAUUUUUUGUAUAUAACAAUUAGGACAAAUAAUUGUUCAAGAGGAUGUCUUCUUUCAUGCACCUAAUGGCAGACUGAAGGUUUGUCAAUUUUAUUUACACUCUGUCUUUUGUUCUCAUUGGUCAUCUUCUUCCAGUAAGAGCCAUCUCUUAUUGGCCCAGUGUUGCUAGUGACCGGGGGUGGAAAAAGUAUCGGACCACAGGAUCACUGGUCCCAGAAAUUUUUUGAAUUCCCAGAAAAUAUUUCCCCAAGAAAGAAAAAUAUAAUUGUAAAAAUUUAGAUAAAAGGAUAAAUUCAGAGGGAAAACUCUAACCAAUAGAGAGAAUGCUACCUGUACUGCAGGUAUGACCUCAGAAAUGCAAGUCCAUCUUAAUAGUACGAUAGUCGGAUGGUGUAUAAAUGUAUAGAUUAUAGAAUGAUGUAACAAAUGUUGUAUGGCAAAUGCAUUUUUAGCCAAUCUGAGAUGCCAUGUUUUCACUAAAUUUUCUGGCAGAACAUGCCCCAAGAUCCCCCCUUUUUGCAUCUGUAUAGUUCUGUCAUAUUCCUAAAAGUAUUAUUAAGUUUCUCAAUGCACUGUCACUGAAAUUUUUUCCUGCAAAAAUAUAGCAUGACAUUCAGUUUGACAACUUGUUAGUAUUGUAUGAGUUACAGUGUCCAAGUAUUGAGUUACUUGAUUUAUUGUGGAAAAUUUUUUAUUGCCCUUUGGCCGGGUCCCAGAAAGUAAAAUAUUUUCCCACCCCUGGUUUAAUACAGCAGGAAACCUAAACUAAACUGACUUCAUUUAUACUUUAUAAUUCUAUCGUUCUAAACUGUUCUUCCUAGAGGUCCAGUAAGAGAUAUCUCUUAUUGAUCCUGAGUGUUACUACAGCAGGAAGCCUAAACUACACUAACUUGACUUUAUUAGUUUAUUGUUACUAUUCCUUUGCCAAUGCUUAAAAGCGAGAUGGAUGCCAGAAUAGUUGAAAGAAAGUACCCGGCAUUAAACCUGAUAACAUCCGGCGGCCCCUGGCACACUCUCAUUUAUUUGACAUGCUUUAUAGCUACGUAUCUUGCAAGAACGACCCUCGCAGUUAAUUUCUUAUUCGAGAUCAGAUCAGAGUGGACCGAAGCUUUCUACGUUUUACAUUACGGAAAUUCCCAAACCAGAAGAUUUGAAAAAAACGCUUGAAACAUCGCUUGGGAUCAAAGGUAAGAAGAACGCACGUGAACAUUGCCACUUUUGGUUUGGAAAAAACAAGCCGCUUAUUUUUGCAUAUUUUGCGGUGGCGGACAUGCAGGUAUACGCCCCCAAUGAAGAAACGGAGCUGUCUCUCCAUUUUGUAUAUGGCUAGACUCCUGAUCCUGGCACGAAGGCUUGGGUCAUCGGACCUUCUACUCACUGUUCCUUAAUUUUUGCUUUUCUACAUCAGUACGCGCUAUAUUAAGCUUCUACUAUGCAGCGUGGGCGUCAGGCGCCUAUAUAGCGUAACUUUCUUCAACAUAAAAUUUUUUCUUUUAAAUUUUAAUAGUAGAUUUACAAUUACAUGUCACAUAUUUUUAAUCUUUAAAAGAGCUUUACACCGUCACACACUUUGAUAAAAUAAAUCACCGAUGCCGAUGGUGCAAGCUAGCCUAACCAAUUCGUUGAAGAUUCUGCCGUAUACUCAUGACAGAGGCGAGAAUAGGUGUUAUUUUUAUGGCUAUAUGCCUGUAUAACGUAAACACUUUUAGGUAUACGUAUGAGUUAAAAAACUAUAUUCUGACGAUUAUGAAUUCACAAGAUGGCCGCUAAACUUAAGCAUACAGCUGGUCAGGUCCCGGCUCGCCUAAUAGCAAGGUUUUUAUAUAUAUUAUACUGUAUAAUUUAUAGUUCAUAAUAUGGUCCAGGAUCGCGUAUUAACACAAGGAAUAAGCACAGAGCAAUAAAAACACAAGAACCGGCGAUUUACAGUACGAAAAUUGACGCGAGUUCGUUCCGAAUUGACAAUAUACCAAGAAAUAUAGUUUGUUUAAAUUUUUUUAGUGUGAAAUGCUUAGUUUUGACGUGCAUGCAGUGUUUAUAUUUGAACGCCAUUCUGGGAUAAAGUUCAAAGUGACCCUGGUCGAACUCGAUUAGUUUUCGUCGUGUAAAGCUGGCUUAUUAUAUAGUUUAUAGUGUAAACCCUUACUUUUCCUCGAAAUCCAGUAGUUCACUCAGGAGAUUGUAGGCCUUCAUUGCGAUGCGAGCUUCCUGCUGAAAUUGUAUUCCAAAAUUAACACGCGCAGUUGCUUUAAAAUGAUUGAAAUAUUAAAUUGAAGUAAAGUGGUCUGUACAAACAGGUGUUGUUUAUGCAUAUACAUUGAAAAGAAUGGAAUAGGCAAUGUCAAUGAGAUGACACUUCAUCAAGUUCUGCAGUUGUAGGAAGGGACAAGCGACGACCCUUCUGGACCUCCAGGAAGAACAGUUUAGAACUGAUAAAGUAUAAAUAAAGUUAGUUUAGUUUAGGUUUCCUCCUGUAGUAACGCUGGAUCAACCAGGGAUGUCCCUUACUGGAAUCUAGGAAGAACAUUUCAGAAAUGAUAAAACUAUCCAGUAUAAAUAUAGUUAGUUAAUUUGUUUAGAACUGAUAAAACUAACAGGUAUAAAUAAAGUUAGUUUAGUUUAGGUUUUCUCCUGUAUAACCCCGGAUCAAUAAGAGAUGAUCCUUAUACUUGACCUUUAGGAAGAACAGUUUAGAACCGUGAUAAAACUAUCAGGUAUAAAUAAAUUUAGUUCAGUUUAGGUUUCCUCCUGUAGUAACACUAGAUCGUCAACGGACGUCGUAUACUCGGUGAUCCGCCGCGUAUAGAAAAAACAGAAAUUUUCAUAAAAGGAUUCUCAUCAAUUUUGAGCUGGUUGUCAAAUUUCGAAGAGAGUUAAUGAGUGCUUUUGUCCGUUUCAACGGUAAUAUCCAUUCAACUCUCAUCAGACAGUCGACAUGAGAGUUGAGUCUUGAGAACCCUCUCAUGCAAACUCUCGCUUCUCAACUCUCAUCAACUCUCAUCUUCGUUCGACCAGGGUUUUAGCUAUCUUUCAAUAACAACAUGCAUUGGACCAAUAAGCUUAAAAACUAAAUAAUAGACUCGGAGGAGGCCAUCAAAAUCGCUUACUGCAUGACGGCGUUCGAAGUGUUUUUCCCUCAAGUUUUAAUGAACUAUUAUAAUCAGUGCCGCAGGCCGCAGACGGAAAUCAAAGUAAUAUCAAAUUUACACCUUUUUUCUGAUAUUGGCUUUUCGCCUAACACCCAUCAGCAGAAACCACAUAUUUCGUAUAAAUAACACGAAUUUACAUCACAACAUAACCGCUUAAAAUUAAAAGCUUUUUAAUUGUUUUUUUGCUCUUUUCCCGCCUGGCAGGUGUUGUGAAGAAGGAGCGGUUACUAUUCCUUGUGGGGCAGACGAGGAUACAUCUGGAUAGAGUGGAGAAUUUAGGGUGCUUUAUGGAAUUAGAGGUACCGAGUAUGCGGUAGUCGCAGUGAGCUCCAUAUAUGUAUCUGGAGCGAGAACUCGAGUCCAAAACGUGAAGGCAACGAUGGAGCUAUAGGCAAUUCCGGCUUUUAAUUUAUGCACGCAGGGGGUGAUGGGAAGUAAGGUAUCAUAUUGCUGAUUAUGCUGAAAAAUUUCAAUAAAAACUGCCGAAACAACCGAAAUAUUUCAAUAUUUACAAGUAUAAGCUAUCACUCCGUGGUUACACGGCCGUCAUUUUUAUUUUUUCAGCAUAAUCAGGAUUUUAUCAGCAAUAUGAUACCUUACUUCCCAUCCUCCUCUGCGCGCAGAAAUUAAAAGCUGGAAUUGCCUAAUGCCUAUUGGGUGUCAGUUUCAGUCUCUUUCUAUUGUUUUUGUCUACAAGGACUGGAGUGUGCCGAAAUUUCGUUUUUUGACUUCGAUUUAAAGAAUAAUGGUUUUAUGAGCUGAUAACUUGAUUAGCGAUGUGAUCCGUUAGAUAAAACUGGAAUUAGUUGGGGGGAUGGUAUCGGACGUCAAUUCAGCCAUCUUGGCUGCACGGUUCUUGUAUAGGCCGAAUGACUGAAAUUCUUGCUCCAUAUAUAUGGAGGUGUGAGGAGGGGGAAUAGUAGUCGAGCAUUUACAUUAAUGACUAUAUAUAUCAUUGUCUCUCGCAGGUUGUAUUGCGUGAAAACCAAACAACGGAGGAGGGGUCGGAAAUAGCGAACGAUUUAAUGAAAAAGCUGAAUGUUGAGGAAAAGGAUUUGAUAACGUGUGCUUAUAUGGACCUGCUUAGCAAAACUAAUAAUAAAUAAUAAGAUAAUAAAAUAACAGAGUGCACUGUUAUCUGUAAACAGCCCUAAGAUUACAGUAAUUAAUAAUACUUUUUGUUUGUG